AUGGCAACCCAAACCAUUCCCGCGACACCGCCUGCCGGCGCCCUGACUACCGCCUUCAGGCCAACGCCGAGAUACUGUGAAACUGGCCAAAGUAGAUUCAGCACCAGGGAUUGCAUGCCACCGAACUGGUCAGCGUACUGGGACGGUGAUGUCGGAUACUACUCGCCCGCAAUUUGCCCGCACAGCUAUACGAGCGCGGCGACGCGGACAUCCUUCGAUGCUGGUCCGGCCGUACAGCUCUGGGAGACAGCGAUAAUAUGCUGCCCAAGUGGAUACUCAGCUAGCAGCAUCCAGUCAUACUGCUACUCCUGGGUCUAUGAUCAGACCGCUGCAGUCUCCAGCACGUCUUCGACUUGGUCCCAAGCAUAUGCGAUUCAGGUCCGCUGGCAAGAGACUGACCUCCCAAACCUCGAGACCGAUCCUCUCCGGCCAGGUCGAAUCCCAACCCACACCAGGAACAGCCCGUCUGAUACAGCUACACCCGCUGGGAUUGCGACUGGUGGAGCUUCUGCUACAGGCACAACCUUUACUACCGUACAAAGCUCAGGUUUUAGCAAAGGCGCACUGGUCGGCAUCGUUGUCGCUGUCGCCGUUGUCUUGCUGGCGGUGCUAGCCGGCGCAUUCUUGAUAUUCUGGCGGCGAAAGAGAGCAAAGCCAGCGUACCACGCGCCGCAGCAAGACCUACCGGAAGUGAUGGCGCCGACACCAAACGGCUACUACGAUCCCUCAAAACAGUCCGCUUACGCCACCUCUUACCCCGUCGCAACACAGUACUACGGAGGCGGCCACCCACAACCGGUGCAGCAGCAACAGCAGCACGCGUACCCUCAGAACGCAACACCACCGAUAGAGAUGCCUACGAGCCCUUCAGCCACGCAGAUGCCCACGAGUCCUUUAGCCGCUCCAGCAUCCGUUCCAGUUCAGCACUCACGUCAACCCUCCGCCCCAUCAGACGUGAGCUCACCACCAAUUCCCACACUCCUUUCCCCUGCCAGCUCCGUCGCACCCACGCGCCAAACCAGCAUAGGAGACUUGGCUUCUAGUAGCAACGAGCCACCCGUCCUCCUUGCGCCUGGCUCCACGACAGGCUCGGCAGACUCGCAACCUUGGGCCACGGAUGAAGAGAUGGCGCAGAUUAGGCAGAGGCAGGCGCAGCUGCAGGAUAAGCGGCAGAGGCUGCUGCAGUUGCAGGAGAUAGAAGAGGAGGAGGAGAGGCUAAAGAUGAGGUUGAGUGGGAUUGACGACGCGCAGAGGGGGUCGUUUUCGAGGGGAUGA